AUGAAAUCCUUACCAUCUUUCAUAUUUCUUUACGUCAUAAUGUUGAAUUUUUCUCUUACUGUUACAUCUUUAAAUCAAAGGUGCAUAGAUAUUAUAGAUGCAAUAGAACGGAAGAGCGAUUUGGUACUAUGUCCAAUCAUAGAUGACCCCAAAAGAAAAGAUAAUUUAGGUGAAUACUUAACGGGUGCGAACAUGAUUUUGAUCAAUUUUACGUGUGAAAUAAGUGACACUGCUUUAUGCGAUAAGAUCAAAAGUGCCUUUGAGACAGCCGGAUCAACAAUUUCUGCUGCGUUUAAUUUUAGAGCACAAAUUAUUAUAGAUGCGCGUUUUAAGAAUCUUAAUAAUAAAAACGUUUUGGGCUCAACGGUUCCGACAAGACUGAUGUUUCUGGAUUCAGAAGAUGACGUUACUAGAUUGUAUCCACAGGCACUCGUUAAGCAAUUUCAAUUUACGAAUCAUUCACAAUAUGCUGAUUCCGAUAUUACCUCAAUAUUCAAUUCUGCUUUUAAUUAUUGGUUCGAGGGUGACCCACCUAUAAAGCAAAAUCAAUAUGACUUCUAUACGAUAGCUGUACACGAAAUAUUUCAUGGUCUCGGCUUUUACUCGCUCUGGGGAAAUUACUUUGGAUUCAACAAUAAAACUAUUGAUGCUUUAACCCCUUACCCACUACUUUCGGGAAUGUCCUCAUCCGAUCCUUUAUAUUUCAAUGGCUUUGUUGAGUCAAUAUUUGAUAAAUUCUUAAUGAUAUACGACUCUACUACUUCCAGCAUAAUUUCAUCUACCAAUAUUACAUCAGAACUAAAUACAUUUGGGCCUCCGGGAACAAAAUUUUCUAGUUUAACCGAUUUCUCCGAUAAAUUUAAAGCAUCAUCACAAUGGGAAACUGUUGCAAAAUAUUUUUACAGAAUGGCUACGAUGGCGGAAAGUAUGAAAUUUGUGCCAAGGGGUGUAGAUUUUAUUAGUGGAACUUUCUUGGAAACUAGUAUACCUUUUUUUCCAGGAUCCAGUAUUUGUCAUGUAAGUAAUGCGGAUUAUUCCGGCACCUCGGAUUUUUUGAUGAGAUAUGUUGUGGAGUCUGGAGUCACUGGAACUAAUCUUACCGCGAGAGGGGGGAGCUAUUCUGGUGGUGUCAUUGGACCACAUCUGAGAGAGAUAAUGAGUUCACUUGGUUAG